CGUGAUUAUUUCCAGACUACUAGUAACGCCCGCCUUUAAUGCUCUACCCUUGACAUUCAAUUUGGUUUAUUCAUGGCGCUCGUUGCAUCAGACGAGUCUAUAUAGUCUCAUGAACAAGCUGCCCAAAAAACACCGCGUGCGCUGGAGCAAAGUAAAUCGGACCAGUUCGGAAGACUUAUAAAAAAAAGUGAUCAUGCUAAUAUUCAUCGUCAUGUUCCGAUCCGAAAAUUGCCAGCUCCGUGUCACGAGUCUCUUCCCCGCAUUUUCACUGCCAUCGUCUUGCUAAGACCUGAUAAGGUCUUACACGCUAUUGAUCAGUAAACCACUCCAUGUCGAUGAACUCCAUCUAUGCGGGUCGGGCCCAUCUUCCGACUCGGAACACUCUUGCCCGCGUUACACAACGUAGCGGCCGCGUGCUCAUAGUGCGCAGGAAGUAUCAUGACGAGUCGUUCGGAUUCAGAAAAGCACGCGACUUUACCAUUUCGGACUAUACCUCGGACCAGCUUACUAACCGUGCAAUCAAUGCUCCCCUGCUGAGGUAUGCUGACUCUCUGCGCACCCAUGGUCAUAGAGCUGCCUCUAUCGACCCUCUCGAUCUCCUCCGUCGUGAGCGCAUUGCCGCACUCGACCCCGUCCGUUAUGGCCUCGAUGACCCUCAUCGCACAUUUGAUGUAGACGGUAUCAUCUGGACCGGUGAGGGCAAGCAGGAAUGGACUCUUGAAAAUAUCACCUCCUUCCUGAACUCCGUAUACGUCGGCCGCAUCGCGUAUGAAUAUAUGGACCUCCCGAGCAAGACGGAGAGGCUGUGGUUUGCGAAGCUGUUAGAGUCACAGAGCGCUUUAGAGCCCAUGACUGUCAUCAACGCGGAUAGACAAAAGAACAUACACACACUGCUCGCCAAGUCAGAGGUGUUGGACAAUUUCUUACAGGCCAAGUUUCCGAAUUUGAAGAGAUAUGGACUUGAGGGCGGGGAGUCCAUGCUGCCCGCAUUGGAUGCCCUAUUCGAGGCCGCAUCAAAAGCUGGCAUAACUCAGCUCAUCCUUGCUAUGCCUCACAGGGGACGUCUUAAUCUUCUUACAGGGCUCUUGGAAUACAACCCUACUUCCCUCUUCCACAAAAUAAAAGGCGGUUGUGAAGUGGAUGAAUCUUUGGGCGUUUCCGGGGACGUCCUCAGUCAUCUUGUUGCAUCCCCAACAUUGCAGUACGGCGAAGCUGAUGGCAUAAAAGUCUCGUUGCUGCCAAAUCCGUCCCAUCUGGAGGCCGUGAACCCUGUUGCACUUGGAAAAGCCAGAGCGAAGCAAUAUAGGUUGCUUAAAACCUUAUCUAACGAUAAUAACCAAUAUUGCAUGCUUGGCGAUAAGGUUAUGUGCGUCCAGCUGCACGGCGAUGCCAGCUUCACAGGACAAGGGGUAAUAAUGGAAACCCUUGGUUUAAGUGGUCUUCCACACUUCACAAGUGGCGGAAGUGUCCACAUUGUUGUCAAUAACAGCGUCGGAUAUACUACUCCUGCCUCCUUCGCCCGUUCUUCCUUUUACUGUAGCGACAUUGCCAAGAUGAUCAACUGUCCAGUUCUGCAUGUCAACGGAGACUCCCCCGAAGAUGUAAUUCGUGCUGUCGACAUCGCCUUCAAAUAUCGCAACCAAUUCCGCAAGGAUAUUGUGAUCGAUCUCAUUGUUUAUCGCCGCUGGGGACACAAUGAACUUGACGAACCAGCAUUCACGCAGCCGCUCAUGUACGAAAAAAUUCGUUCAAGGAGUUCUGUCCCGAAGUUGUAUGAAGAUAAGCUCAUCUCGGACGGUGUUAUCUCGGUUGAAGCAGCACGAGCUGUCCGAGACAGUUACAAAGCUUCGCUGAAUACCGCGCUGACUGAUGUAGCGUCGUAUGUUCCCCCUCCCGUGAGCUUUGAGGGAGCGUGGAAAGGCAUGGUUUGGCCGGCAUAUCAUGCAGCACGUGAGGAAGAGACAGGCGUGAGCAGUGCUGUUCUCAAGGACGUUGGCAAAGCCAGCGUAAAUGUCCCUGAGGAUUUUGAAAUCCAUCCGCGGUUAAACAGGCAUGUAAAAAACCGUCUCAAGAGCAUUGAGAGCGGCGAAGGAAUCGACUGGGCGAGUGCGGAGGCAAUGGCGUUUGGCUCGCUGAUGCUUGAGGGUUGCGAUGUGCGCAUCGCGGGACAGGAUGUAGGAAGGGGGACGUUCAGUCAUCGCCAUGCGAUGUUGGUCGACCAGAAGACAGAGGGCGUGAUUGUUCCGCUGAACCACGCGCUUACGGAGGCGAAGGGCAAGCUGGAAUUGGCAAACAGUUCUCUCAGCGAGAUGGCCGUACUUGGCUUUGAAUACGGAGCAUCUUGGGAACGACCUGAUCUAUUGCCCAUUUGGGAGGCACAAUUUGGUGACUUCUUCAACGGCGCACAAAUCAUCAUUGAUACCUUCAUUGCGAGUUCAGAGACUAAAUGGCUGAAGCAGAGCGGCAUCGUCCUGCUCCUCCCUCAUGGUCUAGAUGGUGCUGGUCCUGAGCAUUCCAGUUGUCGUAUAGAGCGGAUGUUACAGCUCACCAACGACCCCUACGUUGCCCAAGAGAAACCGAAUGUAAACAUGCAUGUAGUGUUCCCGACCACGCCUGCACAGUACUUCCAUCUUUUACGCCGCCAAAUUAAGCGGAACUACAGGAAGCCACUCAUCGUCGCUGCUCCUAAGGGAUUACUUCGACUUGCUGCUGCUUCGUCGAAGCUGACUGACAUGGGUCCCGGAACAGCGUUCCAGCCCGUUCUCCAGGACCUUGCAACUCUCGCUGAUCCCAAAGCUGUCCAGCGCGUCGUGUUGCUCAGUGGCAAGCUCUACUACGAUCUUGCAAAAGAGCGCGCAACACGCAACCUCCAAUCGCGUGUCGCCCUCAUCCGCGUCGAAGAGCUUGCGCCAUUCCCGUUUACCGCGCUCAGUGAAGUGCUUGCGCCUUAUGCCAAUGCUAAUAAGCAAUUGGAGGUGCUAUGGGUGCAGGAGGAGCCUAGAAAUCAGGGCGCUUGGGGACAUGUACAGGAGCGCAUUCGGGAGGUAUUGAAUGGAUUGGGCGUAGAUGGUGGUGCGGCCUACAGGGGGAGGAAGGAAGAUGCGGUAUCUGCGCCAGGGACUGGGAAGUUGUAUGGAGCACAGCAACUGGCUGUCAUCGACAGCGCUUUCCAGGGGCUGUGAAUGUUUGCAGUACACGGCUCAUCAAUCCGUCAAGUCACUACAUUAUUUGCAGAUCCUUGGGGGUUCUUAUCGUCCAACCAAUUCCAUGCAGCAUACUUCAAUCAGAGACACUAAUACAUUUGAUGAUUCCACGAAGAUGAUUCGUGCAGCACUCUACUUUGCCGAAUACAUUUAUUCCUUUCCUUUUAUUGUCACUUUAGGCUGCCUGAUACAUGAGUAUCGGUCACAUCAAAAUUCCAACGCCUCCUCAAGUCAGCUAAGAACCCAAUACGGCUUAACCUCAUGGUUGGAGAUAAAUAGAUUCUUUAUGUAGCUCGCCGCGUGUUUAUUAGUAUCCCAACUUUAAACUAUUUUCCGGUGUCAACCAA